UACACCACACACACAUAGGCUCUCAUCCGGCCUCACUCUGCACACUGAGCUGCACCUAAGCCUAACAUGGCAUCCUGAAUGGCAGGAGAAGAACAGGUCUAUCAAGGUGCUAUGGACUGUCCUAUCAAGGAAGCUUUGUCUGUGGUCAGUGAGGAUCACACAUUGUUCUCACCUCUCUUACUGAAAACAGAGAUACCAGAUGAGUACACACCAACCAUCAAAGACCGGGGGACCCUUCACGAGCACAACUGGGGGACUUCAAGUGACCGGCAGAACAGCAUCAAACAAGAGACUGAAGAGAGAGCUGUGAGCAGAAUUUCCACUGGAGGAGGAUCUGUCUUACGAGUUGACAAGUCAGAACAUCUCAAUGAAGAGACUCAUCCAUACCAGCCUAGCUACCCAGACGCUCUCAGCAACGGCAAUAAUGGUCCCAUUGAGUCCAAUGGGAGUGAAGAGAAGAGAGUCAUAGUGCCAGCAGACCCCCUGGUAUGGACACAUGAUCAUGUAGCUCAAUGGCUGGACUGGGCUGUGAAGGAAUAUGGACUUUGUGAUAUCAACACUUCUUUAAUGCAAGGAGUAGAUGGGAAGGAGCUGUGUAGGAUGACUCGAGAGGAUUUCUUAAGGCUAGGAUCCUCCUAUAGCACUGAUAUCCUGAUGUCUCACUUGACAUAUCUCUGUCAGAAUAGCCCGACAUUCACAUACUCUGUGGUUCCUGCUGCUCCAGUGCAUACAGUAACCGCACGCACUCAGGUGAAGACAGAGCAAGUGUAUGAUGAAACGAGAAGGAUAAAUUGGAAUACAAGCAGCUCAGUGAGUAGAGCUUCUCCCCCUCAGACCCCCAGUAUUGCAAGUACCGGAAGCGGCACCAGAGGCAGCCAAGAUCCCUAUCAGGUGUUAGGACCAACAAGCAGCCGCCUUUCAAACCCAGGCAGUGGACAGAUCCAGUUGUGGCAGUUCCUGCUUGAGCUGCUCUCGGACAGUGGGAACGCUGGCUGCAUCGCCUGGGAGGGACUCAAUGGAGAGUUUAAGAUGACGGAUCCUGACGAAGUUGCCCGACGCUGGGGGGAGCGCAAGAGCAAACCCAAUAUGAACUAUGACAAGCUAAGCCGAGCUCUGCGCUACUAUUAUGACAAGAAUAUCAUGAGCAAGGUGCACGGCAAGAGAUAUGCUUAUAGAUUUGACUUCCAGGGAAUCCAGGUGGUGCAGCAAUCUCACACCAACGAUCCAUCUAUCUGCAAGUACCCUGAGGGGAGCUAUUACUCCACCCAACCCAAGCAAGCCAUGCCACUACCACCUCAUCACCCACAGUCUCCCACACUCCCACAAAUCAUACCUGUACAGUAUUUUAGCUCAUCGUCUGGUGGGGCCUUGUACUCUGGGCAGGGGGUAACAAGGCAGCAUGGGGGGCAGCUAGGGCAACAUCUGGGAUCUUACUACUGAUUGGGGAAUUAACAGGAAUGAUGAAGGUAGGAGAGAAAAACAUAAGCAAAGAGCUGAGUGGGUGGGAGACAGCAGGAGAAAGAUCAACUAAUGGUCUGGAGUAGCAUUUCCUAUGGACUAAUUGUUUGCCCAAGAUGUUUGGACUUUCUUAUAGAAAAUGGACUUAAAGCACAUAAUGCAUUGGGAUGGAGCUAACUCAGGACUCAACCUGACCAGGGAUUUAUGUUUUGCCUCCUUGCUGUGGACCAAAGGGGGUUUUGUUUGUCAUGUUUGUGUUAUUUGUAUUUUCUAUCAAUAAUUUUAAUCAUUAAAUGGCUGAGACGGUC